CCGACGCCGUCAACACAUUGUCCCGGCUGAAUACCCUGCCUUGGCCUCAUGGACAGAGAAUGGAUCAGCCCUUUCUGCCGCUGCCGAACGGCUACUACGACACACAGCGUCGCUGCAAGAGGGCAUACUCUUUGAUCGACCCAGGAUCGUUCAAUUAUCGAUGCAAAAAAUGUGUAAGGGCGAUUGCGGACCCUAAUGCACAUUUGGGACUUUGUACAGCUUGUGCCGAGGAGACGGCGGACAAGUGGUGCCAAUACUGCCGCAGAAAGCUCGACCACAGCCAGGAGCAGUGGGGCACGGGGCUCUGCGAGCGGUGCGUCAACAGGCUGCCGCAAUGCAAAGGCUGCGCUCGAAGGCUCAAAGUGACUGAGAUGAAGUUCAAGACUGGUCUUUGUGAUCAGUGCUGGGCAUCUUGCAAAAAGUCGUGCCUGGUAUGCCACGAGAAAAUAUCUCUCGGCGAGUCAGGCUGGAAGACUGCAAUGUGCGCAAAGUGUUCGAGUGGACACGAGGUGAAAUGCAAGAAAUGUUCCAACGCCAUUUCUCUAGAAGAGAUUGGCUGGAGAACAGGAAUUUGCAAUCGAUGUUACGACAACAUCGGGGGUUGCAGAUCGGCAGUGUCGUCGAAGCGGCCACAUAUCAGACUGUGCGACCCCUGCUACAAGCGGUACAAUACCAUUUGCGUGCGCUGCAACCAGCACAUUCCGGUGGAUGAGCUGAGAUACACCUCAGGGCUGUGCGACUUCUGCUACAAGGACUGUGACAAGAAGUGCAGUAGUUGCAGCAAGAAGAUCCCUUUGAAGCAGCUGCGCUGGGGAUCUGGGCUUUGUGACUCUUGCUACAACAAGUCCAGAAUGGCCUGCUGCAUGUGCAGCACCGAGAUCAGUACGGAGCAGACCGAGUAUCACGGCGUGCGCUUGUGUAGUGAUUGCUUCAAGUUGCUGACAGAUGCCGAGAAGACAUGCUUCUUCUGCAACAACAACAAACUUCUAGUGGGCGAUCCCUACUGGGCCAUCGGAAUGUGUCAGCAGUGCUAUGAAAGCACGGAUCUGACACAUGCGCCGUCCGUGGCCAGGACCAGGAAGACUUCUCGGGCGAGGGCCCACUCGCUGCACGACCUGCGCCUGUCGCCCUUCUACAGCGCUCGGCUGCGCCGCACAGGCCGCGCCUUGACCCUCUACAGCGCCAAGUCGAAGUGUUUGCUGCCUGACUUGGACGUGGACCGGGGGAUCUUGCCCCUGCCCCAGGCCAGUUCGCCAUUGCGACUGUGGUUCCUUUUCCUGGCCCUGGGUGUGAGCGGCUGGUUCCCGUCCAACGCGGUGUUUGCGGCGCUGCCGCUGCUGGUGGAGGAGGUCCCGGAGGGGGCGGCCAUCGCCAGCCUGGUGAAUGCCAGCACCCAGAUUGGGGCAGUCUUCGCCAUUGUUUUUCACGUGAUUGAGUACAACAAGGACUUAGAGAUAAAAGCUAGCGUUGCUGAGACCAUGUCGAAAAUGAGCGUGGAGCGGCAGAUGUUCAAAGAAUUGCAACAACGGAAGAAGGCUGCUCAACAAGCGGCUCGCGCUAUCCACAAAGGUCAAGCUGUUGCCGUGGCGGCCCUUGCCAUGUUCAUGCUCUCGUGGGGCGUGUGCAAGGCGACGACGGAGUUGAUCCUACUGGCUGCAGUCGCAGGCGCCGUGGGCAACGUGGCGGAUUUGACAGCCUGGCCCGUGGCACUACAGCAUCCCAGCCGGUAUGCUGCUGCCAUCCAAAUCGGAGGCUCAGUCAGCGGGGUGCUGCCGAACUUCAUUGAGGCAGUGAUUGGCAACUGCGGAAUCCUCGCGUACCUGCUUUGCAUCCUCGUGCUGCAGCUGGCGCUCUGGGUGACCAUCAGUACCAAAGAUGUCGCGGGCUUGCCGCCUGAUGAAAUUCAACCCUUUGCAGAGAAGGCGACCUGCAAUUGUGCCGGCUGCGAUGGCUGCAACUUCGACGGGGGCUCCGCCACGACUGCCGCGAGCGUGGGGGGCCAGCUGGCAGAUCUGCAAGGGUUCGCGUUGACAGAGCUACAAGGUGCAGCAUCGCCUGUGACGGAGGAGGAGGAGGAGACGUCCUCCACGGAUGAUGACAAGAGUAUAGGAGUGGCAGAGAUGGCCACCAGGUCCAUCACGCGAUUUUACAAGGCGCUUCGUGGAGAUCAAGACAGUCUGUCCGAAGGCGGCCAGAGCCUGGUGGCCUUCUACACCUCUUGCUCGUUCGUCUCCAGGGCCAUGUGCUACAGCAUCCCGUCGCUCUUGCCCUUCAUUGCGAAUCCCUUUGGAGUACGAAGACAAGAGCUGUACGAGAGCAUGAACACCAUGUAUAACGUGGGCAAUUUCGUGGGGCGGAUGCUUUGUCAGUUCUACAAGCCCCACACCUUUGGUCUGGCAUGCAGCUUGGGCAUGGUCAUUUUGACAUUCGUCUUCUUGGUCCUUUGCUCGGUAUUCCCAGAGGAUGUUGCCGUUCGCACUUCGGCCGUGUUCACCGCAUGGAUCAUACCUCUCAUUGUGGGGCUCUUCAACUUGUCGGUGGGGCUCAUGUCGACUGGAUUGUUCAUCCGAGCCCAUGAAGAUGCACAGAGCAAGAAAUGCCCGGACACCAUUCAAGCGACCAUGGGAUUCUACGGCCAAAUCGGCUGCGUCAGUGGAAACUUGUUCAUCUUCCUGAUCAUCAACGUCUUCCAUUUGCUGUAGUGGCCGGCGUCGCUGCUUGCUCCGUAGACGCGAGUGGAGCUGACCGCUGCGCCCAAAGGCGUGACUGCAGGUUGUAGCUCCUGCAUUGGGUCGUGUCUGACCAAUGCACUGUGACA